AUGGAAUCUGGCUGUUCUCAUUACAAUGAUGUUGAUAGCGAACACGCUCGAUGUAUAAUUCACAUCGAUGUAGACUGUUUCUAUGCACAAGUGGAGAUGGUACUAAAACCGGAGCUGCGGACGGUUCCGCUCGGCAUACAACAGAAGAACAUUGUCGUAACAAGCAACUACGAGGCCAGGAAGUACGGCGUGCAGAAAUGUAUGCUUGUUACGGAAGCGUUAAAACUUUGUCCUAAUUUAAAACUUGUAAAUGGUGAAGACUUGCACAACUACAGAACUGCUUCUAAUAAAAUAUUUGCAGUUUUACAGUGUUGGAAGUGUCCAGUGGAAAAGUUGGGUAUGGAUGAAAACUAUAUUGAUGUCACAAAUUUAGUACAAGAGAAGAUGAAAUCAGUAAACAGUAGCAACAUUACACAUGCUGGACAUGUGUACAGUGAGCCCAGCAUCGACUGCCCCUGUGGCUGCCACACCAGACUGAGGAUAACAUCACAGAUAGCCAGUGACAUAAGGAAAAAAAUAUUUGAAGACUUAGGUUUCACAACUUGUGCUGGUAUUGCACACAACAAGUUGUUAGCUAAACUAAUUUGCCCCCAAAACAAACCGAAUGACCAAACUAUUAUAUUCCCUGAACAUGGGACCAGUUUCAUGUCUACAUUACAAAGUAUACGCUCCAUUCCAAGUAUUGGUUCAAAAACUGCAGAAGCUCUAAUAUCUAACAAUAUCAUAACUGUGAGUGACUUACAAGAAGCAUCCCUUGAUGUGUUGAAGAAGCACUUCAGUAGUGAUAUGGCUGUCAGACUGAAAAGUUUAAGUUUAGGUGAAGAUAAUACUCCAGUGAAACAGACGGGUAAACCUCAGAGCAUCGGCCUGGAGGACAGCUUCAAGAUAGUCAGUGUACGAAGUGAAGUGGAGGAUAAAUUCACUGCAUUGCUACAAAGGUUGUUAGUUUUAGUCAGAGAAGAUGGACGCAUUCCCGUCUCUUUGCGGGUCACAUUACGGAAGAAAGAUGCCAAGAGACUGAGCAGUCACAGAGAAUCAAGACAGAGUCAAAUCUCUCCCUCCAUCUUCUCUCUAACUGGUGGUACUCUGACAGUGACUGAGGCAGGCCAGCAGAAACUGAUGAACAUAAUUAUGAGAUUAUUUAACAAGUUAAUUGACUUGACCAAACCAUUCCAUUUAACUUUAGUGGGAUUGGCUUUCACUAAGUUCCAAGAGCGCAUGACAGGCAGAGGGUCUAUAGUGAACUACUUAAUGAAUGAUAUUUCCGUCCAAUCUGUGCUUAAUUUACAAAAUGAAUGUGAUACAUCUGCUUCAUCUAUGGAUUACUCUGCAGUGUCACCCAGCAGUAGCACAACAACUGAUCUCUCUGACGCCGAAGUCGAGCCGUCACCAAAAAAACCCAAAAAGGUUACAUGGAUAGCAAAAAGAAGAUGUCUGGCCAAAGAAGAGGUUGCUUCCCCAAGUAAAUUAAAAGUUGGUGAACUCCGACUAAACUCAAAAGAGCUUGAAAAAGUUUCAGAACUAAGACUGAAUUCUCGCGAUCGAUCACUCACGCCACGCGCCAGUCCAGCGAAAGACAACUUGUCUGAUACGUCAGACACAAUGAGAGACUGUGAAGAGAAGAAUUGUGAUGACUGCCCCAGCUAUGUUGAUAAAGAAGUGUUCAAUGCACUUCCCGACGACAUGCAAAAGGAGCUCAAGUCCAUGUGGAAAAACCCCUCUAGCUCAGAGAUGCCGAGAAGUAGUCCUAGAACGAACAAAGCUAAACCGAACACAAUUAUGAAAUAUUUUGUUCCACACAAAUAG